CUAGUCCGAGAUGAGUAAAGUUUUAUGUAAAUCUGUGCGUUUCCGGUAACUUUUUUUUUGUUCGCAGAAUAUGAAUUUUGUGAUAUUAAAAGAUUUUAAACUAAAUACCAUAAUACAUUAGCAGUACUUAUUAUUUUUUUAGACCAAUGUGAAAGAAGAAAUGUUGUAAGAAUGGUAUGUAACACAAUGUCUGACAUAACUGAAAACCCAGGAAUUGAUAUGUUCUCAAACAAUAACUACCUGCCUGAUAUUGGACAGUUUAGUAACCAAGGAAACAAUGGAUACUUACAGAGGUGUCGUCUGCCAUCAACCAAUCAGGGAGCUCAAUUCACAUUUGCUGUCCCAACCCGGGCCAGUUCAUAUACCUUGGGCCAAAUAGGCCACACCCACCAACCAAGAGGACUCUAUUCUAUCCCAAUUAGUCAGCAGGGUAUGGUGCCUGGAUUUGGGGCGUCAUGGCAACAUUCAGUACCUAGUCGGAUGCCAUGGACAGAAAAUUGGACUGCACCUACUACUAGCUUUGGAAUAACUACAUUUACAGCCAUACCAACCAUGUCUGUACCUUCAUUUAGUAUUUACAGUAGUAUACCAUCAUGCAGUACCACACCAAAUCGACCAAAACGUCGGCACUCAGUAGAUAUAGAAAAAGAAGCACCAAAUUCAAAAUGUAGAGUUACAGCUGAGAAAAUGGUUGCCAGAAUGGAAGGGUUAUCUCUAAUGAAUACUGGUUCCCCUAGUGGUAGUGAAAGAACAGAGUACCAGUUCCAACCAGCUCUUGACUAUGACUUAACUGACAUGACUACAUCCAGUACAACUUGUUCAACAAUGUCUGGGGGAUGGGAAAGAUUCAGGGAAAUAGAAAACAGAUUAAACUCAGAAUCAGAAGAUGAUGAUCUUCCAGAUGAAGAUGGAGUGAAAGUUCAUAUAACAGAAAGUAUAGCAAAAAAUAUCCUGGAGUCACAACCUCUUAUACCACAGAAAAUACUAGAUAAUUUUCAAAAGCCAUGUAUGGAGGUUGUGCUAUGGAAGAGUCCUGGUGGUUUUACUACAGAAUCAGUAACAGUAAUCAAAGACACAUCUAGUACACCAGUCACAACGUCGUCACAGCAACCAUUAGUGUCACCACCUCUUCAAAUUAGUGUAGAUAGCAAUUCAUCAAAAGACAUGGAAGCCGAAAGCUGUAUGGAAACAUAUGACGAUGAUAUGGAUUUAUGAAACAUGUCUAGUUUUAGGGACUGCAAUUAACAGCUAAAUUAUUGUACUAUUAUUAGAGAUAAACCGUAACAUACCAUGGAUUCAUUCAUAUUUGUGGGAUACUAAUUUUGGUGGAUUUGUAGGUACAUUAUCAUUGUUCAAAUAUUUACAAAUUUUCCAUAUUGUAUUCAGACUUCGGCAAAACAAAUAUCCACAAAAUUGCAAGAUUUUAUCAAUCCACGGAAAUUAGUACCUUCUAAGAUAAAUGAAUCCACAGUAACAGAACCAUAAUACUUCUGAUGGUCACAGCUCAUUGUGAGCAGUGGCAGCUUUAGAUUUUAUAGAAAGGGUUCUAAAUUUUGAAAAUAGCCUUCAGAAAAAAAAAAGUUAAAAAUUGUUUCUAAAAAUUCUUUUUUUUUCGCUCCAAAGGAUGAGGUGUUAACCUGCUAAACCCCAACUGAAUCCAUCAAUGGUGAGGGAGUAUUUCUUGACAAGACAAAAUCUUGCCAUAUACACUGGACAGUAGUGAAAAUUUGUUUGAUGAGUUAUUCCAAAGCAGUUUGUAGAUAAAAUAUUAAAAUAUAAGAAGGAAAUAAAAUAUUGUUGGCAAGAACUGCCCCCUUGCUAGUUGGAAUAAACUAAAUAAUAUAUAUAUAUCUAGUUCAAAUAAAUACUUUGUGUAUUAUGGUUCUCCUCAGAAACUUGAUAAUCACAAAACUAAGGACUGUUUCAUUUAAACAUACAUUCUACCUAGGAAGGCAAUUUUAACGUAGAGAAACCACCUUUAUAAGCAAUUUUAGAGACCUGCAUACAUUUUAAAUUUGUACCAACAUAAUACAUAUAUUUCUCAUCCACCCAUAGUUACAAUUUCAAGUUAUCUUCCUUGGGUCCUUUGUACCAGUAUGUAUUUAUAGAAUAGCUCUACAUCAAUUUACAGUACUGUAAACCAUUCUUUUUGUGCUGAUACAUUAAUUUACUUUAAGCCCUUGAUGAUUUAUUUUAAAAUUUAGCACUAUUUUUCAAUUUGUGAAAUUAAAUCGCUCACAAAAAUUAGUUGGGGCACAGUAUUUUGGUAACAUUAUUUAGAACGCCCUUAGUUAUGACCAUCAGUAGUAGUAUUGUUAAGAUUACUUUUUACAAUGUUUUAAGACUUUUAUGUGUAUAUAAACUGUGAGAUCAUGGAACAAAAGAACAGUGUUUAUAUUUUAUAUUGAUGUGUAUUAAUGUAUACAAAUGGUGGGCGGGCAUUAAAUAUCAUUAGUUGUGAAGAUAUGAAACCACACUGCAAAACAUAAUCAAAUUUCAUACCUGUCUGCUCAUUGAUUAUAAAUUUGCUAUAGCAUUUAGAAAGGGGCUUUCCAAUGUUGUGAUUUUAUAUUUUAUCUGGCCUCAUUGUUAGCUUAAUAAAACAUGCAUUGUCAUACAGCAUUUGAAACAUUUGUGACAAUUAUAUAGCAUUAAUACAGGUUCACACUGGUGACAGUUAGCCAUUAACAAAUAAAUCAAAAUUGUCUAUUAUUGUAUGGCUUCCAAUACCUUACAUAUUUUAACUUUCAUAAAGACAAUAACAGCUGAAUAAGCCCAGUGGCGGAUCCAGAACUUUUCCUAAGAGGGGGCCUGCUGACUGACCUAAGGGGGCCCCGCUGCAGUCAUGCUUUAGUGAUUUCCUAUAUAAUCAACCAAAUUUUUCCAACAAAAGGGGGGGGCCCUGGCCCUCCCUGGAUCUGCCUAUGGUACCAGUUGAUUGUUAAUUACCCCAUAAAUGUGCCUGCUAUUAAUCAUGAUCAGGUAACCCUCUUUUGUAGCCAAAUGCUCAGUUUUAAGAUAUAAUGUGAAGUGCUAUUAUCUUCUUAGAAAUAUUUAGAUAUCAUAACAUUUGUGACUUUCAGUCUAAUUGAUGUUUAAUUGCAUCCAAUUUCUAACUAUUGCUUAAUCUCUUUAUUUUCACUACCUUUCUGAUUUGGACAAGAUGUUUAUUGCUAAAGUGCCAAUCUGCAAAAGCUUCAGACAGUAGUGAAUUGAAAGCAUAACAAACAAAAACCUAUUCAAGCUUAAAUUAAUUUUAGUUCAGAAUGUACAUGUAUAAUGGUACACAGAUAUAACAUGUUUCCUUUUCUUGUUCUGGAAUUCCAUGAUAUAUAAAUUUGGUUAAAAUCCACUAGAAAUUAACAAUUAUGGGGAGAUUACUCUGCAAUUUGAUAUCAUUUUGAACAAAAAUUAUCUAAAGAUUUCACAAAUUACUAGACAUGUAAAAACAAAAAACCUUCUUUUUCUAAUUCAGGUUACAGAUAUUUUCAAAAUAGGAUAGUUAGGUCAAUGCUUUUUUUCUGCCUUGCUUUGAAAUUCUUUUAAAUUGCAAAAUUCUAACAAAGACUGGCACUUAAUGAAACCUUGCAAUCUUUCAGAUAACUAACACUACUUUUGUAUUUGUGUGAAAACUUGUUUUAAAACUCCCUAUCCCAUGGUUAUUAGUAUUUGGUCGCUUCCGUCCGUAAACAUGUACAAAUCAUUCUGGAAUAGUCCUUAUUGAAAAAAGCAUUACUUAUUAUCAAGAUAUCCAGCCAUUGUGUGAAAUAGUUGUUAUUUCAAUAACAAGAAUUUUAACAUCUUUAUUAAAGUUGUUUAAAGUACUAUUAAUUCUAAGUUAUUGCGAUAUUUUUUUUAUUAAUGUGAAAAUUAUAACAUCAUGUUCGCAAUAAUGAUCACCUACAUUAGUAAUUUCCCCAUUAUAAAAUUUUUGCAAUCUCAUUGAUUAGAUUUCGCAAUCAUAAGUGCAUGCAAUUAAUUUCUGAAUCCACCAAAAGUUAUAGAGCUGUAAUAGAACAACACUGUUAUAUAAAACAGAUUAGAUCUUGGCAAAAUAUUGUACUAAAACAAAUUAAUCAAAGGUCUUUGAAUAUUGAACUUUAUUCCCAAAUAUUAAUUACUGCAUAAAUUUCAUACAGUUUGGCUGGACUUAAAUACCUAAAUUACUGGAACAGUCUAUUUUAAAAAUAUAAUUUGGUGGCUCAUUAGUCCAUUUUGGUUCCCAAAUAUACCUGACAAGGUUAUUCCUAAAUAUUUAUAUGAGCAUGGGAAUCAAUCCUCUAAACUAAUUUAUUUUUGCAACCAAUUUAUUUUAGCGACCUUCGACAUGAAGAAAAAUAAUGCGAAUAUAGAUAAUUGCAAAAAAUUUAAAACUUUCCUUAUCAAACUACAUUAAGUUGAACUAGAAAAUAGUGAGAUUAAAUUGCAGCUAGGUCAGCUAGAAAGGGCUGUACACAAAAUAAAGUAUUUGCCAAAGUAAAGUUUUUGCCAAAAUAAGUUGGUUUAUAGUAUUUUAUGAGACAUUUUUUCACUAGGGUAGCAAAGAACAUAUAGUUUGUGGAGAUUUUUUCUCUGUUGAAGACCUCAACUUUGACUUUUGAUUCUUUUAAAUUUGCUUUUAGUCUUUUCAUGUGCAUGUUAUUAUUUUGUUGUCAUGAAUUGAUACUUUUGAAUUAAUAUUGAUUAACCUUUGUUUUAUAAUCAUGAUAAUUAUAUAAUUAUAUUUCUUAGACUAUUGAAGUCAUUAGUCAUUUAAGGAUGCACUUACAUGUAGGUAAGGUUUAGGAAUUUCUGUCAGAUGUUCAAACUCCUUUGAGUGUUUCCUACCUAGAGGGUGAAAUAGUUUGCCCCACAACACCCAUUUUUCUUUUUAUAAAGAAGACUUCAAUAGAUCAUAAAAGACUUUUUACCAAACCUUAAGCAGAUUCUAGAUUUCUUGGAUAUGAUUUGAUGCCCAAAUACUACCAAUGCAAGAAUGUACGGUAUUUUUCAAAAAUAUCUUGAAAAGGAGUUCUAUAACCUAUUAAUAUGUUUAGAUUACUGUAAACCAACUAAUUUUGGUGGAUACUUUUUUUCACGUUUAUCCCCAGCUAGUCUAAUUCACGGCGAUUUAGUUUCGCGAUUUUCUAAUUUACUUGAUGUAGUUUGAUAGGGAAAGAUCUAAGUAAAACAUAUUCACAACAAUUUAAUUUCACUUUAUUUUUCAACUCGCAAAAGUCGCAAAAAUAAAUUGCUUGCGCAACUAAGUUUGUUUACAGUAUUUUGUUCCUUAGCUAAUGCUCUUUUGACUGAAAGUAUCAAUUCGAAAGUCUAGAUUUUUUUUUUAAUUUCACCCAAGUACAUCCUUUAGUCCGGCACUUUCAGACAAAAUUAAUGUGCUUAAUUACAAGGAAAAACCAGUUGAGU